UCAUCAGGUGGCAUAAGACGGCACGUGUCAAGGUACAACGGCAAGGUCCGACUGAUCAAAAAUGGCGACUAGUGUUGGUGGUGCCAGCAGCUGGUCGGGUAGUAGCGGAGGUAGUAUAUCCUCACAAGGACCCCGCCAACUGACAACUGCUCAACACACAGCACAGGAGGAGCGUCUUGUGGUGGCUGUUCGCGUUCGUCCUAGCCAAGAGGCUACUGAUCGCUGCAUUGAGGUGGUUUCCAGUAGCUCUCUACUCUACGACGAUGGUGGCAAGAGUCGACCGCGACAAUACUCCUACGAUCAUGUAUUUCGAGAGAAUGACACUCAGGAAUAUGUCUACAAGACCACAACAGCUCCACUGGUCAGAGAUGUCUUGAACGGUUAUAAUGCAGCAGUUUUUGCUUAUGGAGCCACAGGUUCGGGCAAAACACACACUAUGCUGGGGCCAGUUCCUCGCAAGAAACCCGCCACAGCAGAUCGACCUCCAGCUACAGCAGCCUCUUCCUAUGAUGGAGACGUCAGCAGUCAUGAUACUGGCCUAAUGGUUCGAGCCAUUGAGGAUAUAUUCGAGCACAUCGAGUCAGCUUCCGCUGACAAUUCGUGUAAGGUGUCCAUAUCGUACUUGGAGAUCUACAAUGAACUUAUACGAGAUUUACUGAAUCCUGGCGGACCGCUCGAGUUGCGCGAAGAUCACCGCGGACAACGCAUCACGGUGGCGGGUUUGUCGGAAAUCACAACCUCUAGUCGCAAAGAGGUAGUCGGUCUUCUAAUGAAGGGCAACAAGUCAAGGACAAUGGAGCCCACGGCCGCAAAUCAAACCUCCUCGCGUAGCCAUGCCCUGCUUAGUAUUACAGUCCAGACGCGAACUCCUCUAGGUACCAAGCAGGGUCGUCUCUUCCUUACCGAUUUGGCUGGCUCAGAGAGAGCCAAGAAGACCAAGAACCGGGGUAAGCGUCUACAAGAAGGAGCCCACAUUAACCGUAGUCUUCUUGCACUGGGCAACUGCAUCAAUGCCUUGUCGGGUGGUGCCCGCUAUGUUAAUUAUCGUGAUUCCAAACUGACGCGUCUGCUGAAAGAAGCUUUAAGUGGCCGUUGCAAGACUGUGAUGAUUGCCCAUGUGGCUCCCGAGGGCAAGCAUCGUGAUGAGACCAAAAACACAUUGGUCUAUGCAGAUCGAGCUAAUAGUAUCACCACCAAACUUCAGAAUUCCGUCUAUUUGGAUGAAUUUAAGGAUUUCCCCACCAAACACUAUCAGAGUCUUGUCUCUGAGCUAAGAGAUGAAGUAUCCCGUCUGCGUACCAAAAUGCUUACCGAUCGUCCGCGAAGUGGUGCUGCUGCUGCAGCGGCGGCGGCAUCCACAUCUCAGCAACAACAUCAACAACAGCAGCCGCCCAAUGAAGAGCAGGAUUCACAAAGGAAAACGGAGCUUCGCUAUCUACGGGAACAGAUCGUUCUAACAUUCAAACAGCAGAUGAAAUUACGACGCAAACUGCUAGAGGCGGAAAGCCAUUUACUUGGUCUGGAAUUGGAUGCCGAGCGUCAGCAUAUGAUCAUCUCACAUUGGCAGGGACGUAUUGGCAAACUGUACGAUGCCAACGGAGAGGAAGACACCGAGUCGGAGGGCUCUGUGGCCUUAAAGAAUGCAUGGGGUGAACUGGCGGCCAUUGAAAAAGAGACACGACGCUAUAAAGAGAUACGGGAAAGAACCGAAAACGAAUUAGAGCAAUGCCGCCAAAAGGGUGUCAAACUGGAGGAUGAAUUACCCGAACGCAUAACCAGCGAUGAGGAGCGUGAAUUACUGGCCCUACUUUGCCGUGUCCAUGAAUUGGAGGCCGAUAAGGUAUCCCUGCAAGCGGAACGUUUAGCCCGACAGGCAGAAUUGCGUCGAAGGGAUCUUCAGCUAUUGCGAGCCGAACGGCAACGACGAUUAUGUGAGGAUAUCAUCAGUUCCCAGCGUAGACUCAUUGAAGAGGGAAACGUUGAUCUGCCGGAUGAAUUGCGCGAACUGUACGGUCUCUAUCAGCAGGAAAUUCAUGCCGGUGUGGUUACACCCAGUACCAGUAGCUAUGAAAAGAAGCUGCCACCCAUUUACACAGCUGGUUCUGAUUCGCCAGGAUCGAGUUCCAGUUCGGAAUGGUCUCCUGUCUCACCAUUGCCACCCAUUGACAUUCAAGUGGAGCAAGUUGAUCGUGUGAUGGGUCCACCUGUUAAUCAACGUCUGCCACGGUUGUCCACAGCGACCAUUGUGCCGGCAGGUGGAAGUAGUGGAGCACGUCGAUCUUCGUUGCGGGCAGCAAAACAUACGCAUCCUUAGGGAAGGCAUUGAAGGUUGUUCGAGGCGAAUCGCUCAGGAAUUGUUGUUUUAACUAAAGGCUAGAAAUUAAAUAUGUGUUUAAUUUAUAAUAA